GAUGUCAUUCUUGCCGUGAGCAGUGCGUGCAGGGAGCACAAAGCCUCGCAGUUCCUGAUGUCACAACUCCGCAUGAGCGGGCAGAUUUCCAUCCACGCAGGCAGCCAGCCUGUCCAGGCCAAGGCUCAGAAUUUCUACUUUCAUGUUGGAGAUCACAAGGUGAGGAUGACGGAGGUGAAGACAGAGCUGGAGAAGGGCUUCGAUGUGUACAUCCCUGAGACCAGUGUUGAGGAAGUCUUGGAUGUGAUGGCGUCUGCGUGCACUGACCUAGCAGAGUUGCCUGAGCUCCGUGAUGUCAUUCUUGCCGUGAGCAGUGCUUGCAGGAAGCACAAAGCCUCACGUUUCCUGAUGUCUCAACUCCGCAUGAGCGGGCAGAUUUCCAUCCACGCAGGCAGCCAGCCUGUCCAGGCCAAGGCUCAGAAUUUCUACUUUCAUGUUGGAGAUCACAAGGUGAGGAUGACGGAGGUGAAGACAGAGCUGGAGAAGGGCUUCGAUGUGUACAUUCCUGAGACCAGUGUUGAGGAAGUCUUGGAUGUGAUGACGUCAGCGUGCACUGACCUAGCAGAGUUGCCUGAGCUCCGUGAUGUCAUUCUUGCCGUGAGCAGUGCUUGCAGAAAACACAAAGCCUCGCAGUUCCUGAUGUCUCAACUCCGCAUGAGCGGGCAGAUUUCCAUCCACGCAGGCAGCCAGCCUGUCCAGGCCAAGGCUCAGAAUUUCUACUUUCAUGUUGGAGAUCACAAGGUGAGGAUGACGGAGGUGAAGACAGAGCUGGAGAAGGGCUUCGAUGUGUACAUUCCUGAGACCAGUGUUGAGGAAGUCUUGGAUGUGAUGGCGUCAGCGUGCACUGACCUAGCAGAGUUGCCUGAGCUCCGUGAUGUCAUUCUUGCCGUGAGCAGUGCUUGCAGGAAGCACAAAGCCUCGCAGUUCCUGAUGUCACAACUCCGCAUGAGCGGGCAGAUUUCCAUCCACGCAGGCAGCCAGCCUGUCCAGGCCAAGGCUCAGAAUUUCUACUUUCAUGUUGGAGAUCGCAAGGUGAGGAUGACGGAGGUGAAGACAGAGCUGAAGAAGGGCUUUGACGUGGACAUUCCUAAGACCGGUGUUGAGGCAGCUUUGGCUUUGCUGGCGUCAGCGUGCAAUCAGCUACCAGAGCUGGAGGUCAUCAGUGGCUUCAUUGGGAGAGUGACCAGUGCGUGUCAUAAAACCGCAGCUGCAAGUUUCCUAAUGUCUCAGAUCUGCAUGAGCGGGCAGCUUUCCGUCAAUGCAAGCAAGCAACCUAUUCGGGCCAAACCUGACACGAUCUACCUGCAUGUUGCACGCCGCACAGUGCUGUUGAAAGACGUGAAGGAGGAAUUGAAGAAGGGCUUCGACAUUGACAUUCCUGAGACCUGUGUUGAGGAUUUUUUUUCCUUGCUGGCGUCAGCGUGCAAUCAGCUACCGGAGCUGGAAGUGGUCAGUGGCUUCACUGGGAGAGUGACCAACGUGUGCCGGAAAAACGCAGCCGCAAGUUUCCUAAUGUCUCAGAUCUGCAUGAGUGGGCAGCUUUCCAUCAAUGCAAGCAAGCAACCUAUCCGGGCCAAUGCUGACACGAUCUACCUGCAUGUUGCAAGCGGCAAAGUCGCAAUAGCGGAGGUGCAAGAGAAACUCAACGAGGGCUUUGACGUGGACAUCCCUAAGACCAGUGUUGAGGCAGCGUUGGCUUUGUUGGCGUCGCUGUGCGAUCAGCUACCGGAGCUCAAAGCUGUCAGUGAUUUCAUCAACACGUUGACCAGUGCAUGCCGGAAAAGCACGGCUGCAAGCUUCCUAAUAUCUCAAAUCUGCAUGAGCGGACAGAUUUCUGUCAACGCAAGCAAGCAACCUAUUCGGGCCAAAGCUGAGAAGAUUUACCUCCAUGUUGGAGAGCAGAAGCAAAGCUUGCAAGAAGUUGCAGAGGCCUUGAGAGGCAAUCAGACCUUAGAAUUCCAGAUCCCAAAGAUUAAAGCGGAAGUCUUGAAAGCGAUGGGUGCCUCUGCCAGGGAACUGGAUUUGCAGUCUGCAGUGGAGCAUUUGACGCAUUUGGACAAUGUAGCCAGGAAGCAAGGCCACAACAUUUGGAGGCUUAUUGAAAUCAGCGGGAUGCUUGUUGUGCAUCCCGCACGCCUCAGAGUCAGCUAUGAGGUCUGCUUACAUUUGGGCCCAGCCGUGAUCUCGGUCAAGAAUCUGAAGUCAAGCAUGUCGAUCAAGUUGCCAGAGACGACAAUGGAGGACUUCCUGAGGUCCAUUCAAGGUCUUGCUGUGCUUGGUUUCAAGGCUGUGGAAGGAGUGCUGAUAGACUUUCAGCGCAAUAUUCAGCAGAGGGUGGCUCAACGAGGACAAUCCAUUUGGAAGCUCAUUUGGGUCAGUGGUACCUUGUCCAUUGAUUUCAAUCAAGGCAAGACAAUGUUUGAUGUCACGCUACGAUUGGGGCCUGCCACGAUUGAUCUUGCAGGGUUGAGGACCCCGACUCUCAAAGUGAGCGUCAAAGUGCCGAAGACCAAUGUGGACGAUUUCUUGACAUUGGUAACCGAACAAGGUCUACAACUCUUUGGAUUGAACGACGCAGUGAAGUUGCUGCGCAAUCUUAAAGGGAUGGUCCCCCACGAAGUUUUGACGUUUAUUGGCAUCAGUGGGACAUGGAGCAUUGACUUCAACAUUGGCAAUCUGGACUUUGAGGGUGCAGAGCUGCACUUGGGCCCAGCUGUUGCAGUACUGAGCUCGUUAAAAGCUGGUAUGGCAAUUGAUUUUCCAUUCGGUCCAAUCUCGCUGCCGGAGGCUACGUGUGCUUUGGCAGCUUUUACUCGCAAACUGCUUCCAGUUUGUCCGGUCAAGGAGAGUGAUGUCACGCAUUCCGAGCUGAAUGACCAACUCAGCAAGCUCAAGCUCAGCCCUUUGGAUAAGCUCUUGGUGGAAGGAGUGUUGUCCAUCGAGCGUUCCAAGUUGUUCUUCAAGAAGUUGGCAAUGGGCCCACUUUGUUUGGAAUACAGCCUUGAGCGCAAGUGCUUUUUCCUUCACUUUGAUCGCCCAGUGUCUGUGGAUGAAGCCAAGAAGUACAUGGACCAAACAAUCUUUAAGCUGUUGCCGCAAAACUCAACCUCAUGUGUGGACGAUGUUUACAAGGCUCUGAAAAGUUCGGGGGGCCUGUUGUCGCAGCAUAUCGCCCUUGGGGAAGAUGUCGUCUUUGAUGCCGGGUUCUCAGGCACUUUGGUUUGUGGGACUGCGCAUCUUGAAAAACUUUCAGUGGACGUCCAGUUUAAAGGACUUUACCGAAGUCGGGCUGAUGGCAAUGAGUGUGUGCUGACAGCCACUUUGGGAGCAUUUUGUUUAGAGGACUGCUGUGCAAGUUUGCCACCAGCAUGCGGCAUUCAAUAUUGA